UCUUAAGCCUACUGCGCAUGCUCAUUUCCACCACCGAUUUUGUAAUAUCUACUUUCUUUUCCAAAUGUAAUCGUUCAGGUUGCAAUAAUGCAGCUAGAUAUGAACGGUACUUUAUCUGUCCAUGAUUUUGGCACUGCAAACCGAUGUUGACAUUUUUGCAGGCGGCGAGACCGUAUCACUCAGCAACGAGGGAUUUAUUUUCCUUCGCCGCAGUAGCUAGUUUAGGUGACGUUAUUCUCCACUAAUGUUGAAAGCAAGGAAUUAUGUUGUAACGUUAUUUCUGUGGCAAACAACAGUGACACUGACAGACAGUUUACAAGUCUGGUGAAUGAGUUAAUGGACUGAACGGUAAAGCGAAUUGGGGAGUUAACGUAGCUGUCAGCAACUUUGACUUUGUAAGGCCUUCGCUAACUAGAAGCUAGCUGGCUAGUUAGCCCUGACAAGAAGACAAACAUGUGGCAAAGCGUUGGUCUAACUGUGCUGGUUAUUGUGGCCACCCUUGUGUGUGCGUUGCUCUUCAUGGUGUUUGGUUGGUAUGUUGUCUGGCAGCUCUUUCUGUCCAAGUUCAAGUUCCUGCGUGAGAUGUUGGGCGACACCGGAUCUCCACAGACAGAGACCCAGCCGUCCGAAUCAAAGAGCAAGCAUACCUCUCCUCCAACCCAACGCCAGAGGCUCAAGACUGCCCGCCAGAGGGUCGUUCCUCCUGAAAACACUACAUAGAUGACCACACCCAUCUGCUAUCAGUCUCACCCUGUCCCCCUAUUCACCAACCCUCGUCACUCUAGGAAACCGUGGUGGACAAAAUGAAACCCCUUACUAAAUGGCAUGAUGUCGAAUGUCAUACUAUUCCCAUGUCCAUGCAUACUACUCCCCUUUCCACUACCUUACAACGUCCUCGUCUUAGAAACUUGAUACUCUUACUUUUCUCUCCUGGACACUCUUACGAGACCCAUCAAAUCAUGGGACAUUCUUUGUACAACUUGUUCAUGUUUCAAAUACGUAUUUUAGCUGUUCACAGUAUAUGUACUGAGCAGCACAUCCAGUCUCUUCACUUGGCCUUAACUGACACUGCAAUAUGGUCAGCUCCCACUGGCUGUCAUGCUGCUAACACCUGCACAGGGAAUCGCUGCUAACACCUGCACAGGGAAUCUGUUUCUCCAUGAUCACACAAGAGAAUUCUCUGUCAUGACUGUGUAUGUGUGCGUUUUGAGAGUUUGUUUAUUUGAACAUGUUUUUGUAGCAACGCCUAUAUUCUGACAAACCUAGACAAACUGUUGUAUAAAACAGGCUCAUUUGUUAGCAUUUGCUUUCAGAAGCAAAACAACUGCUAGAAGAAGAAACGGAAUGAAACAAUUUGUAUAACUGAUAAAGUUCCUUGUCGUGUUCAUUUCACUUUAUUUGUAACCAAAGUGCAAUGAAAGGAAUGUUUAUUUUUGAGGUUUUUAUUGUUGGUCAGAAAUUAAUACAGUACAUUCAGAAAGUA